AUGUCUUCUCCGAUCUCAUCCAGCCUGCCUGCAAUGGUGUCUCGAAAACCGCAUGCUAUGGACUCCACGGCCACCACCCACCGACUCCCGACGCUCUACGAGGUGCUCAACCGGCAAGCCCCGGCCCCCGUCGACCUGUGGUCGUUUUACACAUUCUUGUCGCAGUAUCCGUACGCCAUCAACUUCCUGGACUUUUGGAUCGAUCUCAUGGCCCAUCUGCGUCUGUGCAAGGACUACGUCAAGGGAAUCAGAGAAAGCGUCCUGCUCUGGGAAGAAUCGCGCCGCAACUCGCGCAACUCCGACGAGGCCCGCAACAGUCUCGGAUCCGCGUCCGUCUCCAGCUCCAUGCUGCUCGAGGCCCUCAUGACCGACGGUUACCUCGACUACGAGGACAGCAAACGUGUCUCCCAGUUCCUCCGAGGCGACACCCGGUCGCCGGGGCUCGCGCAAUUGCUGGACAACUGGAAGAAACAGGGCGCCAUCAACGACUCCGAGCCUCUCACCAGCCUGGUGGACGAGUUUCUCAAGACCCAGGCCAACGCGUCCGGCAAGUCCCACAUCACCACCAAGCAAUUGCUCAACAACGCAAACAGCAUCGUCACCACCUACCUGUUGUCCCCCGAACAGAGCUCGCGCUACCUCAUCAACAUCCCAGAUCACAUGCGCGCGGAAGCCCUCCACAUGGUGCGCACCCAGCAACGUCACGACCCCGACGUUUUCGAACACCUCAAGUCGCUUGCGUUCCAAUUCCUCGAGAUGGACUGCUUCCCCAAAUUCCUCAGCUGCGUCGCGCUCCACAAUCUGCACGACGAUCUCACCACAUCCAUCUCUCUUGAAAAAUACGGAGACAAAAAAAUCCCCUUCAAGAGACGCAGGUCGCCCUUCACAAACUAUACCACUCUGACCCGUGUGGUCGUGGGAAUGCUGCUCUUGGGCAUAGGUUUCUGGAUCGGCUACGUGCUCAUAUUCCUCAACUACCCGCGCGGCAUACGCGUCACCACAAUCGUGCCCUUUUUCUUGGGGUGCUACUACCUAUGCUGCGGCGUAUAUCGCAUCGACGUGGUGUACGCGUUCUUCGGCGUGACCCAAGCGUUGGUCUCGAGCAAACACAAUCCCAGCAAAGACGUUGAGCUGGGACUCGAUCGAAACAUGGCCAACACCAAAUAUGGCAGAAAUGUCCCGGUGAUAUUCAAUCUGCUCGGGGGAACCAGCCGUCUGUUCCGGGUCCGUCAUCCAUUCGUCGACAAGAUGUUGAAACGACGCGCGCUGUGGUGUCUGACGCUCAUUCUUGCGGGCACCGGCGUGCUCACAAUCAUAUUUAGCUGCGUACCUGGUAGAAGGUUGUAA